UUAAACGGGCACGAGUACGUGCGCGUACCCGUAUUCUUUGUGUGGCAGCGUAGAGAAGCGCCAAAAGAGUGACCAUGGCUGAUGAAAAACCAAAGGAGGGCGUCAAGACAGAAAACAACGAACACAUAAAUCUGAAGGUAGCCGGACAGGAUGGAUCUGUCGUCCAAUUCAAGAUCAAAAGACACACACCGCUCAUCAAACUCAUGAAGGCUUACUGUGAGAGACAGGGACUGUCGAUGAGGCAAAUCAGGUUCAGAUUUGACGGACAGCCAAUAAAUGAGACAGACACACCAGCACAGUUGGAAAUGGAAGAUGAGGAUACAAUCGACGUGUUCCAACAACAGACGGGAGGUCUGAUCUAACCAACCACAGCUGCCACCUUUUCGCUUCCAACAUGACCGACUUCCCCGGCCCGUUCACACCCAGCGGCUGGCUCUUUGCAACUCGUCUAACAGUCUCAACUUAAUUCUUGCAGAAGAGGUUUUAAUUUCUCUGCUUCACAAAACUGCUGUAAAGAAUUUCUAUCCAUGACCCCCUGUUACUGUUUUUGUCUUUGUACAUAAAUUACACCCUGAAAACAUUGUCUUCUUUUUUUUUUUUAAGUUUACUUCAUGCUGUGUUGUGGUAAAUUUGUCAGAGUUCCCAUCCCAGUUUGAAGGGUUCAUUCUGCAUACACUCAGAAAGAUAUUCAGGGCAGGUAAAAAUGAAAGUCAUCUGAGCUGAUUAAAUACCGUUGUGCUAGGCUUGGUAAUUGUCUAGCAAAUCUGUUCUUAAGCUUUUCAAUUUUGGGACCGGCUGUCACUUGGUGAGCAGUGCACCCACUUUGGGAACAUGACUUGGUUGCUGUUUAACUCUGUAAUCAGAUAUUAAAAAAAAUAUUAUAUACUUUUUAUAUUGAACUGGAUGUUAAGAAUACUCACUUUACUUCACCACUUCAGACUUUGGGAAGGUUGAAGGGAUAUUUCAGUUAAAUAUACAUCUGUAUUGUUUAUUAAAAUGCUUGUUAAAAUAAAGUUAUUGUCUUUUUUUUUCUCCCCCUUGAAGGUUUACUCUUUUGAACACAUUUUAAAAUCUAAGAAUGAAAUUUCUAUCAGGAAUUUAAUUCACGUUUGCAUGUACUCUUAUUGCAGUGAAUUGUAUUAUUUGCAUUUCAGGUUAAAAUAUUUAUUUGAGUGGUUCCACGGUUUGUGAACAGUGUUACAAGUACCACUGGAUCCUUCUUUUGGUACUUUUGCAUAAGUUAUCUGUGAGGUAAAGACAAACAAAUUCACUACAUCUCUAGUUCCAAGAAGAAAACGACCUUUGUUUAAUCAGAAGUGCAGUUUCAAGAGAUAUUGUUGCCUCAAGUGGACCAAAGUGAAGCAGAAGCCAGAACAAGUGACUUCUUGUCUGUUUUUGACAUUUGAAGUGGAAAUUUAUGCUUUGUAUUUUUAUACACAGUAGGGCCAUUCUUGGUUUAAAAAAAGCUUGAAUAUUAAUGGGUUAGUUAAAUUCCAUGAGCCACAAAUCAUUUUUUACUGAAGCAAUCUACAUUUUAUGUGCAAUGCAGCCAUACACCCCCUAUAUGCAUUGUGUAUUCUUUCAUCUCAUCUGCAGUUAAUUUCAAGAACCCUGUUCUCUUUAGGGGCACAAUUUCGAGUCCAACCUAGAAUAUUUUGACAAUCCAUUGAGUUGCAUAUAUUUAAACUUUCCAAAAUAAAGUUUUUCAAAUGGUCAA